AUGAGUUACGGACAGAGCUACAACAAUUACCCGGCGUACGGGGAGCAGCAAUCAAACCCCUACGGCAACAACCAGGGCUAUGGUCAAAACCAAUAUGGCCAAGAUGUCGAGAUGAACCCAGUUCAGCACCCCGUGGAUCCUAACAGAUUGCUGAACGAGAUUCAGAAGAUCAAGGAAGGGAUUAGAACUCUAGACGACCUCAUAGAGAACAGGCUUGCCGUCGCUCAGGGGGCUAUGCGUGAAUCAAAUUCAACAAGGGAAGAAGAAACUGCGCGUCAGGCUCUCCAUGACAUCCAGCAAGAAAUCAGCGAUGGUUUUCGGAAACUCACUGACGAUCUUACGCGGAUCAAGAAGACGCCUGGAUCCGGCAAUGUCCAGGCGCAGCUGGAAGUCACAACUCGCAGUCUCGGGAACGCAUUCGAAAAAUACCAGAAGAGCCAGGUAGCAUUCUCAAAACAGCUGAAAGAGCAAGUGCGACGACAGGUCGCAUAUAACAUGGAAGGCCAGCCGCAAGAAGAAGUCGAACGGGUUGUCGAGGCCGUUUUGGCUGGCCACCAGCAAGCGUUCCAGGUCUCUGGCGCCAGAACUCAGAAAGCACGAGAUGCACAGGCCGCUGUUGCCGAACGUCACAGAGAUAUCGAGAAGAUAGCAACUGAUUUGGGAAAAUUAAACGAAGACUUCCAACACUUGCAAAGACUUGUUCAUGAGCAAGAGCCAGCUGUGCAGCAAAUCGACCAGGGCGCGGAGAAUGUUGCUCGGGAUCUCGGAAACGCGAACACUCAGCUUGGACAAGCUGUCGAGAGUGCGCGCAAGGCCCGGAGAUGGAAGUGGUACGCCCUGAUUAUCGUUAUCAUUAUCAUUGCCAUUAUCGUGGCAGUUGCCGUCGGCGUCACUCAGUCGAAAUAA